CCAGAAGCCAACCAAGCAGCCAACAUGAAGUUCACCUUCGCCUUCGUCCUGAUCGCUCUGUUCGCGGUGUUCGCCGUCUCCCAGGCACUGCCUCAGCCUGAGGAGGCCGCCGCUUCCAACAACGAUGGAGCCAGCUCCAACACUAAUAUUGAAGAGUCCGCUGCAGUGGAAGCCAUGGGAGGCCGCUGGGGAAUGGGAUACUUCUCAAAAUUGUGGACGAGCGUCAAGAAAAUCAUCGCCGUUGUCAGAUGACCAGCUGUCUGAACCAGGGUUGAGCAGCAUUUUCGAGCUGUGGGCCGCAUUUGCAACAAUAUCGUUUUGGCGGGCCGCUUGACUACGACUCCAACCGACUAAUCUGUUUGAAAUAGUUCAUGUCUGUCAUAUGUCGUACAUAAGAAAAAAGUCCAUUCAACAAUUAACACUUACAUUUCAAACAUAUCGCAUAAUUGCUCCAAUUUUCCAUGCUUGGUCUAAACCAAACAAUAAGUACUGAUAAAUUC